CGGGGCGAGGGGGGGGCCGUCGAAUCACGUGGCGGUCCGCGGGGCUGGCAGCGAGCGGCUGGAGAGGCGCUGCCAUGGCCUCGCCCUGGCGGGACGUGGUGCGGGACGCGGCGGCCGUGCGGGACGCGGCGGCGGUGGCGGUGGACGCGGCGCUGCUGGCGGGGGUGCUGAUGCGGACCGGGGAGCAGCCCCUCAGCUCGGAUGUGGUGAAUUACGCGCCCUUCACGCUGCUCCCGUCUGCGGUGCCACGGGCCUUGUUUGAACAGGCCUACGCUGUCCAGCAGGAUUUCAACCUGCUGGUGGAUGCCAUCAGUCAAAACAAAGAAUUCCUGGAGCAAACUCUGGCCAGCACCAUCAAGGUCGAUGACUUCACAGCUCAACUCUUCAGAAUCUACAUGCAAGUUCUGGAGGAAGGCUUGGCUCAGACUGUGUUUUUAGGCAUCAACCGCUCUGAUUACAUGUUUGACUGUGGGCUGGAUGGCACAGCAGCUCUGAAGCAGAUAGAAAUAAACACCAUUGCUGCCAGUUUUGGGGGCCUCACCUCCCGCACGGCCGAUGUCCACGGGCUGGUGUUGAAAGUGCUGGGAAAGACUAAGGAGGCGUCACGCCUGCUGCCCAACAACCCAUCAAAGGGACUGGCCUUGGGAAUUGCCAAAGCCUGGGAGCUCUACGGUUCCCAAAGUGCUGUGGUGAUGUUUCUGGUGGAGGAAAUCCAGAGGAACAUUUUUGAUCAGCGGUGUGUAGAAAAUGAGCUGUGGAACAGGAACAUCCGUGUGAUCCGGCGGCGGUUCAGGGACGUGUUUGAGAAGGGGUCCCUGGAUGGCAGCAGGAGGCUGUAUAUAGAUGGCCAGGAGGUCGCAGUGGUGUACUACAGGGAGGGCUACGUGCCACAGACCUACGACCAGCAGGGGCUUGCUCUGGUUGUGCCCCAGAACUGGGCGGCGCGGCUGCUGCUGGAGCGGUCGCGGGCGGUGAAGUGCCCUGACAUUGCCACCCAGCUGGCGGGCACCAAGAAGGUGCAGCAGGAGCUGAGUCGCCCAGGGACGCUGGAGAAGCUGCUGCCCGGCCACCCCGAGGCUGUGGCUCGGAUGAGAGCCACCUUUGCUGGACUCUAUUCCCUGGACGAGGGUGAAGAGGGUGACAAGAUAGCUGCUGCAGCCAUCGCUGACCCCGAACGCUUUGUGCUGAAGCCGCAGCGAGAAGGUGGAGGGAACAACCUCUAUGGUGAAGAGCUCAGGCAGGUUCUGGAGAAGAUCAAAGACAGCCCUGAGAGAACCUCCUACAUCUUGAUGGAUAAGAUCAAACCCCAACCAGCACUGAAUUACUUGCUGAGGGCUCACAGUCCCCUGCAAGUGUCUGAAUGCAUCUCCGAGCUCGGUAUCUUCGGUGUCUAUGUCAGGCAGGGCCAGGAGAUGGUGCUGAACGAGGCCACCGGGCACCUCCUGCGCACCAAGGCCAUCCAGCACGCGGACGGCGGGGUGGCCGCUGGGGUGGCCGUGCUGGACACUCCCUACCUGGUGUGAGGAGCUGUGCCCCACCCACCCUCCUCACCUGCUGCCUCAAGAGCUCAACUGCCACAGGGAUUUCUCCGUAGGGUGCACUUGCCAAGGUCUGUUGUGCCCGGGGCUGUGAGGAAGGACUGCGUGGAAACAACUGCUCCAAGGUCCUGUGUGCCAGCACCAGCUUCUCUGUGAUUCCCCCUCCAGGGAUAAGGGGUUCCCUUGCUCUGCCUGCCCAGGGGACCCUGCCCCAGGCCUGCCUUGGUCUGGGUGUCCCCUGGGGGCUGGGGUGUGUACAGCAAAGGGUGAGGUGCCAUGACAGGCCUUUGUGCUGCUCCCACUUCUGUGCUCCUUGAUGGAGACACACAGAGCCUAGGGAACAAGAGGAGAAAGGUGGAUGGGCGAGUAACAGCCUUCAUCUUCACACAGUGCCUCAGUGCUUUCCAGGUUAGACAGGAGAGUCCAGCUCCACAUGCCAUGGCCCCUCCAGCCCUUGCUGUGCUGCUGCUGCUCUGAUUCUUACUUUUCCCUGUGCCUGAGGAUCCUCAGGGUUCCUGCACAAGGGACAGCUGCCCUGGGCAAUUUGCCCAAGGGCCUUUUGCUUGCUUUUUUUUGCUUUUGCUUUGCCCAACUCCAGUUUUGGUUUUGUUGGACUGGGUGCUCAUCUCAAGCAGUGCCUCUGUGCCACACAAGGCAGGCAGCAGAGCAGAGUCCAGGGCUGCAUCUGCUCCCACUGCCUCCUGCAGCCCUGUCCAACAGAUCUCCACGGGAUCCCUCAGCAGUGGUGGCAGAUCCCAAGGGGAUGGUGAAUUGGAGCCUUGUGUCACAGCCAGCACAUUAUUGAACCCUGAAUCCCCCCAGAUUUGUGCCAGCGCAUCCCACUGCAAAAUCAUCUUCCCAGGGAGCACUGACCUUGGAAAUAGUCCUGCUGGGAUGUGGGGCAGGCUGAGACUGGGAGCUCUGUGGCAAGGAAGCCAAAGAAUUGCAGGAGAGGCUGGGCAGGCACAGCUCCAGCACCUUACUGUGGGACCAGCACCAGCAGACAGAGUCUCCCUCCAGGUUUCAUGGAUCAAUGGGAACAGCACAGCAGUGGAGGGACUGGGAGGAGUGUGGGCUCUCCUGCUCAAGAUGUUUUGCCUCUUCCUUCAGCUCCUCUUCCUCCUCAGCCCUAAAAGCUGCACCUUUCUGGCAGUGAAGAGCCCAGUCUGUCAGUGACAGAGAAGCAGCACAGAGCCAGAAUUCCUGGAGAAUGGAUGUGCUGAGGGACAGCCCUGCUGGGCUCAUGGCAUCAAUCACCCAUCAGUCACCUGGGGAACAGCCCUGUUAUGCCUGAUCCUGGGAUUCCUGGGUUUUUUUGGGGGAGUUGAUUACCCCCAGCCAGAGAUUAAAAGGAAUGUGCAAUCUGA